AUGGCCGCAGCUCUCAAGACCGCCCCGGUCUACGUUCUGGCGUCCGUCGUCCUCCUCGGCGCCUUUUCCCGUUUCACCCACGGCGCAUACACCCCGACAUGGUACGCGUUCCAGGAAUACCACCUGCCGGACGACAACUCCACAGUCGCCAGGUUAACGCCCGUCAUUGAUAUGCUUGUCGGGUUGACGCUGCUGUUCGGGAGGACCCGCACUCCAAAGCUCCUCGCCGCGUCGCUCAGCCUAUUCUUCUUCACGGCUGGACUGGCCAUGCAGGUUCAGAAGGGGAAACAGUAUACAGGCGAUGUGGCGCUGGUUGUGGUCGCCGUGGCGGCUGUUGCGAGGUUGCUUGCGAGAUGA